AUGGCUCAGGCGGCCAAGCAGCUGAAGAAGAUCAAGGACAUCGAGGCGCAGGCCCUGCAGGAGCAGAAGGAGAAGGAGGAGAGCAGCCGCCGGCGCCGGAACCGCUCGCGGGACCGCAAGAGGAAGGCUGAUGCUGCAACCAGCUUCCUCCGAGCAGCGCGAUCAGGGAACCUGGACAAAGCUCUAGACCAUCUAGGGAAUGGUGUGGAUAUUAAUACCUGCAAUCAGAAUGGCUUGAAUGCUUUACAUCUGGCCUCCAAGGAGGGGCACGUGAAGAUGGUGGCUGAGCUGCUGCACAAGGAAAUUGUGUUGGAAACCACCACCAAGAAAGGGAACACAGCUUUACACAUUGCUGCCUUGGCAGGGCAAGAAGAUGUUGUGCGGGAGCUGGUGAACUUUGGGGCAAAUGUCAACGCACAAUCACAGAAAGGCUUCACACCCCUCUAUAUGGCUGCCCAAGAGAACCACCUGGAAGUUGUUAAGUUCCUACUGGAGAAUGGUGCCAACCAAAACGUGGCCACGGAAGAUGGCUUUACUCCGUUGGCCGUAGCUCUGCAGCAAGGCCAUGAAAAUGUGGUGGCCCACUUGAUUAACUAUGGGACAAAGGGAAAGGUGCGCCUUCCGGCGUUGCACAUAGCUGCCCGCAACGAUGACACGCGAACAGCUGCCGUGCUUUUACAAAACGACCCCAAUGCUGACGUCCUUUCCAAGACCGGCUUCACCCCUCUUCACAUCGCAGCCCAUUAUGAGAAUCUCAACGUGGCCCAGCUUCUGCUCAACCGGGGAGCAAGUGUCAAUUUCACCCCCCAGAACGGCAUCACCCCCUUGCACAUCGCUUCCCGUCGUGGCAACAUCAUAAUGGUGCGGCUGCUGCUUGACCGCGGGGCCAACAUUGAGGUCCGCACCAAGGAUGAGCUGACCCCAUUGCACUGUGCAGCCAGAAAUGGGCACGUGCGAAUUGCUGAAAUCUUGCUGGACCACGGAGCACCCAUCCAAGCAAAGACCAAGAACGGCCUCUCCCCCAUCCAUAUGGCCUCCCAAGGGGACCACUUGGACUGCGUGCGGCUUUUGCUGCAGUAUAAUGCCGACAUUGAUGACAUCACGUUGGAUCACUUGACCCCACUGCAUGUGGCUGCCCACUGUGGCCACCACCGGGUGGCUAAGAUCCUGCUUGAUAAGGGAGCCAAGCCUAAUGCGCGGGCACUGAACGGCUUCACUCCAUUGCACAUUGCCUGUAAGAAGAACCACAUCCGGGUGAUGGAGCUUCUUCUGAAGAUGGGGGCCUCCAUCGACGCAGUCACGGAGUCAGGCCUCACUCCUCUUCAUGUGGCCUCCUUCAUGGGGAACCUUUCAAUUGUCAAGAUCCUGCUCCAGCGGGGUGCAUCUCCCAAUGUUUCCAACGUGAAAGUAGAGAUGCCCCUCCACAUGGCAGCUCGAGCCGGGCACAGUGAGGUAGCCAAGUACCUGCUCCAGAACAAAGCCAAGGUCAAUGCCACAGCUAAGGAUGAUCAGACGCCCUUGCACUGUGCCAGCCGCCUUGGGCACUGCGCCAUGGUGAAGCUGCUCCUGGAGAGCGGUGCGGACCCUAACCAUGCCACAACCGCUGGACACACGCCGCUGCACAUUACGGCCCGUGAGGGGCACCUGGACUGUGUUUGUGCCCUCCUGGACAAAGACGCAUCCCAGACUGCCAUGACUAAGAAAGGAUUUACCCCUCUCCACGUUGCUUCCAAAUACGGGAAGGUGGACGUUGCUGAGGUUCUGCUGGAGCGCAACGCACAGCCCAAUGCGGCAGGGAAGAAUGGCCUGACACCUCUGCAUGUCGCCGUCCACCACAACAAUUUGGAUAUAGUGAAAGUCCUGCUCCCCAAGGGAGCAUCUCCGCACAGCGUGGCUUGGAACGGAUACACCCCUUUGCACAUCGCAGCCAGGCAGAACCAAAUGGAGGUGGCCUGCAGCCUGCUGCAGUAUGGUGCUUCUGCCAACGUGGAAUCCACACAGGGGGUGACGCCGCUACACCUGGCCGCCCAGGAGGGCCAUGCAGACAUGGUGGUGCUGCUCCUCUCCAAGCAGGCGAACGGGAACUUUGGAAACAAAAGUGGCCUCACCCCACUCCACCUGGUGGCACAGGAGGGACACGUCCAGGUGGCGGACAACCUGCUCAGGCAUGGAGUCCAGGUGGACGCAAGGACUCGGAUGGGUUACACACCAUUGCAUGUGGCCUGUCAUUAUGGGAAUAUCAAGCUGGUGAAGUUUCUGCUGCAGCAUCAGGCCGAUGUCAAUGCCAAAACCAAGCUGGGUUACACUCCUCUGCACCAAGCAGCUCAACAAGGCCACACCGACAUAGUCACCCUUUUGCUGAAGCACGGGGCCUCGCCCAAUGAAAUCAGUUCGAAUGGGGCCACCCCUUUGGCCAUCGCCAAGCGGCUCGGCUACAUUUCUGUAACUGAUGUGCUGAAAGUUGUCACUGACGAGACCAGCUUCCUGUCAUUAAGUGACAAACAUCGGAUGAGCUUCCCAGAGACGGUGGAUGAGAUUCUGGAUGUGUCUGAGGAUGAAGGCACGGCUCACGUAACUCUCUUGGGAGAAGAACUGCUGGGUGCCAAGAUGCAGAAGCGGGAACUUCAAUAUCAGGAAGAUGAGAGAGAAAUUGUGGAAUUUGUCCCCAAAUUGGAUCACACAAGGGAAGAAUCACCAGCUAUCCCACGAAUCCCUUGUGUCACACCUGAGACGGUCCUCAUCCGGCCUGAGGAACCAGAGCAGCCUUCCAAGGAGUUUGACGAAGAGUCCCUCAUCCCAAGCAGUCCUGCCACGGAGACCUCAGACAACAUCAGUCCGGUAGCCAGCCCCGUCCACACAGGGUUCCUUGUAAGUUUCAUGGUGGAUGCCCGUGGAGGGUCCAUGCGGGGCAGUAGGCACAAUGGCCUUCGCGUCGUCAUUCCGCCCCGGACAUGUGCAGCACCAACUCGCAUCACCUGCCGCCUGGUCAAGCCCCAGAAGUUGCCAGUGCCCCCCCCUCUGGCAGAGGAAGAAGGACUGGCCAGCAGAAUUAUUGCUCUGGGCCCUGCUGGAGCACAGUUCCUCAGCCCUGUGAUUGUGGAAAUCCCUCAUUUUGCCUCACACGGCCGUGGUGACCGGGAGUUGGUGGUCCUGCGCAGUGAGAAUGGGUCUGUGUGGAAGGAGCACCGUAGCCACUAUGCAGAAAGUUACUUGGACCAGGUCCUUAAUGGGAUGGAUGAAGAAUUGGAAAGUCUGGAAGAAUUGGAGAAGAAGAGGAUUUGCCGUAUCGUCACGACCGACUUCCCCCUGUACUUUGUGGUCAUGUCCCGGGUGUGCCAGGACUGCGAGUUGAUUGGCCCAGAAGGUGGCUGUCUCCAGAGUUCCUUGGUGCCCAUGGUCCAAGCCACAUUUCCAGAAACGGCGGUCACCAAGAAAGUCAAGCUAGCUUUGCAGGCUCAGCCAGUGCCUGAUGAGCUGGUGACAAAACUGCUGGGGAACCAGGCGACCUUCAGCCCGAUUGUGACAGUGGAGCCGCGCCGCAGGAAAUUUCACCGACCCAUUGGGUUGCGCAUCCCCUUGCCCCCUUCCUGGAGAGAGAAUCCCCGAGACAGCGGGGAAGGCGAUACCACCAGCCUGCGCCUUCUCUGCAGCGUUAUCGGAGGAACUGCACCAGCACAAUGGGAGGACAUCACCGGGACCACAAAAUUAGUUUAUGCCAACGAGUGUGCAAAUUUCACCACCAAUGUGUCUGCAAGGUUCUGGCUUGCAGACUGCCCGCGCACAGCCGAAGCUGUCCAUUUUGCCACUCUGUUGUACAAGGAGUUGGCAGCUGUGCCCUACAUGGCUAAGUUCGUGGUGUUUGCCAAAAUGAAUGAUGGGCGGGAAGGACGCUUGCGUUGCUACUGUAUGACCGACGACAAGGUGGACAAGACGCUGGAGCAGCAUGAAAACUUCACAGAAGUGGCACGCAGCCGGGACAUUGAGGUGGCUGAAGGCAUGCCACUCCACAUGGAGCUUUCUGGGAAUCUGCUGCCAGUCAAGAAGGCUGCCCAACAACGUAGCUUCUUAUUCCAGUCAUUCCAUGAGAACCGCCUCAUCAUCCCAGUUAAGCUGAGGGACAGUAGCCGAGAAGCCAGUGGCUCGUUGUCCUUCCUCCGCAAGCCCAUGAAGUAUGAAGAGCUUCAGCAUGUGCUGUGCCACCUGAAUGUCACCAUGCCACCCUGCUCCAAGACUUCUGGCAGUGAAGAGCGAAGGAGGACAUUGACACCACUUGCGCUGCGAGAGAGAUACAGCCUGCUCAGUGACAGCACCCUGGGACCCCUUAACAGCACAGAGAAAGAGCGGACCAACAUGAAGUUGGCAGUUGUUGCAGAACACUUGGGCCUCAGUUGGGCUGAGCUGGCCCGGGAACUUCAAUUUGGAGUGGAUGACAUCAACAGAAUCCGAGUUGAGAAUCCCAACUCCCUCCUGGAGCAGAGCACAGCCCUGUUGAAUCUUUGGACCAGCCGUGGUGGCCAGAGUGCCGACAUGGAGAGCCUUUAUACGGCCCUGCGCAACAUUGGCCGUAGCGAAAUUAUUAACACGCUGGAGGGCUCCGUGCGACAGAGCCGCAGCCUGAAAGGUGACAAGCGCUACCGGCACAGAGACUAUUCUGGGUCCCCCUCCCAGAUAAAUGGUUAUGCUUCGCUGCAGGACGAGCUCCUGUCCCCCGCCUCCAUGCACUACGCUCUGCCUUCCCCGCUGUGUGCUGACCAAUACUGGAAUGAGGUGGCCAUCCUGGAAGCCAUCCCCAUGGCUGCCAGCGAGCAGGAUGCCCUCCUGGAGAUGUCGGACAUGCAGGUGUGGUCUUCGGGGCUGACGCCCUCGCUGGUGACUGCCGAAGACUCCUCCCUGGAGUGCAGCAAGGCUGAGGACUCGGACGCCACGAGUGAAGGGCGGUUCCCGGGGCAGCUCCUGGAGGACGUGCAUGGCCCUGACCCUCUUGGCUCCAUGGACCUGGUGGAGGACGACACAGUGGACUCAGACGCCAUGAAUGGCCUGAUGGACAUGCUAGAGCAGGAGGAAGGUCAGAGGUCAGAGGGGAGAAGGCCAGACGGUGAGCACUCGGGGGGCUGCUUGGGGAGUCAGGGUCCCCACUGUGACCUCUCUCUCAUUCCAGGGCAGCAGAGAGUGCAGGUGGGCAUCACGGAGUCGCCCACUGUUAGCCGGGUGAUAGAGAAGGGCAAGGACAGGCCCGGCGAGUGGGUGGCUGAGGGCUCCUUCAUCUCCAGCUUGUCUGACUUGGCCAAAGGGGUGUCCCUGAGCCCACCACUCCUGCGACAAGGGGCGCCUUACAAAGUGCGAGGCCAGGAGCGGGGCAGUCUGGAGCACAUGCGGAUGGACUCAUCGGAAGAGCGGGAAAGCCCCCCGUUCCAGAGGGACUGGGGGCUCCGGCCUGAGAGGCAGCAAGGCUUAGCCAAGUGGCUGGAGGAGUCCGAUAGCGGCUGCUUUGCACAAAUGCAGGGUAACGAAAUACUGGAUGUUCCUGGGGAACAAGUGACCGAAGAGCAGUUCACUGAUGAGCAAGGCAACAUUAUCACCAAGAAGAUUAUCCGGAAAGUGGUGCGGCGGCUGGACAGCGAAGACGGACGGCCACACAAAGAGGUGAUGAUUGUGAGACCCCUCCCGCCUGGGGAGCUGGAUGCUGAGGCUGGUUUUCAGAAAUGGCUGGAGAGGAUGAGCAGCCUUGAGCCUGCUUGGGACGGAGCAGCAGCCUAGCCCCCUUGCCCAGUCCAGAUUCCCGGUUCACCCCGGUGCCCUCUGACCCCCUUCUCCUUGUGUCUCUCUGCCUCUUUCUCCACCUGUCUGUCUGUCGCCUGUGGGCUUGCUGGUGAUGGGUUCCUCCCUCUCGCUGGUGCUCCCCAGGACGAGGAUCAAGGGAGUGUCCCGAGAUCGGAACUGCUUGGGGGCAGGAUGGGGGCUCAGAUAGUGAAACGUGCCAGCCUGAAAAGGGGGAAACAGUGAUCCCGACCCUGCAGUGGCCUCUUUGGAGGUAAAUCACCCCUUUGCUCUUAAUCCUGGCAGGGAUGGGGGGGGGCCGGGUUUAACCUAGGGAUGCACAAUGUGGGGAGGAGACCGGGGGCCCCAUUAGCUUCCAGCGUUAUGUAGGGCGGUCAUGAUAAAGCAAAGGCAAGUUGAAUUCAAGUAUAGAAUCAUGGAAUCAUAGAAUCAAUCAUAGUAUCAUAGAAUCAUACGGUUGGAAAGGACCUGGGAGGUCUUCUCGUCCAACCCCCUGCCCAAGCCCAGGGCAGGAGUCCUCAUACCAUCUUGGACAAAUGGUUGUCCAAUCUUUUCUUGAAAACCUCCAGCGAUGGAGCACCCACAACUCCAGGAGGCCAGCUGUUCCACUGCUUGAUAGCUCUCACUGUCAGGAAAUCCCUCCUUGUUUCCAGGUUGGAUCUCCCUCUGAUGAGCUUCCACCCAUGGCUUCUUGCCCCAUCCUCAGGUGCCAUGGAAAACAAAGAAUAUGGAGUAGAUUGCAUUUACAUUGAAUGAAAC